UCUCCCCUUUCCCGCUAUAUAACCAUUUACCAUUCUAAUCCGAAUGAGCUGAUCCGUAGGUGCGCCCUAACGGUGGCUGUUUUCCGUUCUUCUUUCCGUUGAUCGUCGGAGGGUUUUCAAAGAGUGUUUGCAUUUCAUAUUAUCUAGCCUCUUUUAAGUCAUGGCUGUAAGUCAAACCACAAUUAUUGCUCUAGGGGUAGCAUUUUUUGGUGCCAUGGCCUUCAUAUUUGCUGUCCUUGCUGAAAACAAAAAGCCUGCCCGGGGAACUGCAGUGCCUAUGAAAGAUUAUGUUAUGUGCAAAUUUCCAAAUGAUCCAACAGUUGCUUUGGGAAGCUUAUCAGUGGUAUCUCUUUUAAUAUCUGCUGCUCUUGGCCUGGUCGCUGUCUUUUUCCCUUAUAAAGGCAUAUUUGUUCCAAAAAAUGCACUUCUCCAGGGCAUGACUAUGCGUGUAUUUUUUCUAGUUGCAGCGUUAGUAACUCUGUUCGCAGAAGCUAUGUUGAUGUGGGUAACAAUCACUGAAGGACUUCAUAGAACCCUAAACCGGCAUUUCGAUCCGAACUAUGAAUGCCCAACUGCUAAGACUGGACUCUUUGGUGGUGCUGCUUUCCUAGCACUUGAUGCAGCUUUGUUCUGGCUUGUAUGUCAGAUGCUGACUCUAAAUGCAAGAGCUGAUUACUUAGAAGAGGAUGACUCUAAAGGAGCUUACGGUGAGGUUCUCACUACUUAUUAUGACUCUAAUGCUGCAGAGCAUACAUGAUCAACUGGUUUGAAUCAAUGAAUAUCCAGCAAUCAAUGGAGAAAAACAAGUGAUUUGAGCUCUUAAAGCUGUGAAUUAUUUCUUAUAGUUAUAUACCUAGGCUGGCAAGCUAUUCAAAUUUCCAGUUUGAAGUUAUGCUGUAGUUAUUGCCUGCUGCUUUUUGUCACUCCUUUUCUUUUAAGUUUGGAUGUGUUUGGAGACAAAGCAUUUGUUUUUGUGAUUUGUGCUUAUGUUUGGUUGUAAGAACUUUGAGUGAAAGGAAUGUUUUUUUUUUUUUAAAUUAAAUUUUAAAUUAAUGUCUGCAAAUAUA